AGGUGUUCCAAUCCCCUUCCAUAUCAUGUGAUUCAGGUGUUCCAAUCCCCUCCAUAUCAUGUGAUUCAGGUGCUCCAAUCCCCUCCCUAUCAUGUGAUUCAGGUGUUCCAAUCCCCUCCAUAUCAUGUGAUUCAGGUGUUUCCAAUCCCCUCCCAAUCAUGUGAUUCAGGUGUUCCAAUCCCCUCCAUAUCAUGUGAUUCAGGUAUUCCAAUCCCCUCCAUAUCAUGUGAUUCAGGUGUCCCAAUCCCCUCCAAGUCAAUAGCUAAAGACCUCCAAACUUGGUGUGGCCUUCAGAUGAGCCCAACAAACAGUGCGUAGAGAGCUUCAUGGAAUGGGUUUCCAUGGC